UAAUAAUCCAACUUUUCUCCGCUUCUCUCCGGGAGCAGCAGGAUGAUAGGUGGGUUUUCCCUGGACUAUAACUGAGACACGCGCUGACGUGGAGACAUGCCUCUGAGGUUGGACAUCCAGCGGAGGCUGACAGCUCGGUCAGAGAGAGUGAAGAGUGUGGACCUGCACCCCACUGAGCCAUGGAUGGUGCUCAGCCUCUACACUGGCACUGUUGUCAUCUGGAACCAUGAAACACAGGCAAUUAUUAAAUCCUUUGAGCUGUGCGAUCUGCCUGUUAGAGUGGCCAUGUUUGUAGCCAGGAAACACUGGAUCAUUACUGGAGCAGAUGACAUGCAGAUCCGUGUGUUCAACUACAACACGCUUGAUAGGGUCUUCAUGUUUGAAGCCCACUGUGACUACAUCCGCUGCGUCGCUGUGCACCCCACGCAGCCCUUUGUCCUCACCAGCAGCGAUGACAUGCUGAUCAAACUGUGGGACUGGGACAGAAAGUGGACGUGCUGCCAAGUGUUUGAGGGACAUGUACACUACGUCAUGCAGGUCGUCUUCAACCCUAAAGACAACAACCAGUUUGCCAGUGCCUCUUUAGACAGAACCAUUAAGGUGUGGCAGUUGGGCUCCAAGUGUCCCAAUUUCACUCUUGAGGGUCACGAGAAAGGAGUGAACUGCAUUGAUUACUAUAACGGAGGAGACAAGCCCUACCUUAUAUCAGGAGCUGAUGAUAAUCUUGUGAAGAUCUGGGAUUAUCAGAACAAAACGUGUGUUCAGACCCUGGAGAGUCAUGUGCAGAAUGUGACUUGUGUCUGCUUCCACCCUGAACUGCCAGUCAUUCUCACAGGAUCUGAGGACGGCACUGUCAGAGUUUGGCACUCCAACACCUACAGACUUGAAAACACACUUAAUUACGGGAUGGAACGAGUGUGGUGUAUAUGUGGGCUGUCUGGCUCCAACAAUAUAGCUCUGGGCUAUGAUGAAGGCAGCAUCAUCAUUAAGCUGGGCCAGGAGGAGCCAGCCAUGUCCAUGGACUCCAGUGGGAAAAUCAUGUGGGCCCGUCACUCCGAGAUGCAGCAGGCCAACCUGAAGACGCUGGGAGAGUCGGAGAUUCAGGAUGGAGAGAAGCUCCCACUUGGUGCCAAAGAUAUGGGCAGCUGUGAGAUUUACCCACAAACCAUUCAACACAGCCCCAAUGGCAGAUUUGUAGCGGUGUGUGGAGACGGGGAAUAUAUCAUCUACACCGCGAUGGCCUUGAGGAACAAAAGCUUUGGCUUUGCUCAGGAGUUUGUCUGGGCACACGACUCCUCACAGUAUGCCACGAGGAAAGGCAAUAGCGUGGUGAAAAUAUUUAAAAACUUUAAAGAGAAGACGACUUUCAAUCCUGAUUUUGGGGCUGAUGGCAUCUUUGGUGGCUUCUUACUGGGAGUGACAUCAACCAGUGGACUGGCUUUCUAUGACUGGGAAAGCUCCAGUUUGAUCCGCCGUGUUGAGAUCCUGCCUAAGCAUAUGUUCUGGUCUGACUCUGGGGAGCUGGUGUGUAUUGCUACAGAAGAGUCCUUCUUUGUGUUGCGCUACCUGGCAGAGCGAGUGUCAGCAGGACAAGAGUCUAAAGAAACGCUGACAGAGGAUGGGAUAGAAGAUGCUUUUGAGGUACUGGAUGAGGUCCAGGAGAUAGUAAAGACAGGUUUGUGGGUCGGAGACUGCUUCAUCUAUACCAGCUCUGUAAACAGACUCAACUACUAUGUUGGAGGAGAGAUCAUAACUAUUGCUCACUUGGACAGGACCAUGUAUCUGCUGGGCUACAUCCCAAAAGACGACCGUCUCUAUCUAGGAGACAAGGAGCUCAAUAUCAUCAGUUACUCCCUGCUGCUGUCUGUGCUGGAAUAUGAGACAGCUGUCAUGAGGAAAGAUUUCACCACGGCUGACAGGGUCCUUCCCACAAUACCAAUGGAGCAGAGGACCAGGGUCGCCCACUUCCUGGAGAAACAGGGGUUCAGACAGCAGGCGCUGGCUGUGUCCCCUAACCUGGAACACAAGUUUGAGCUUGCUCUGCAGCUGGGCGAGCUGAGGAUGGCGCAUGAACUGGCACUGGAGGCAGAGUCUGAGCAUAAAUGGAAGCAGUUGGCUGAAGUCGCCUCUACAAAGGGGCAGUUUAGCCUGGCUCAGGAAUGUCUGCACCAAGCACAGGAUUACGGUGGAUUACUUCUGUUGGCAACCGCCUCAGGCAGCGCAGACAUGAUAGGGAAACUGGCCGAGGGAGCGGAGAAGGAUGGGAAGACCAACGUGGCCUUCCUCACUUACUUCAUGCAAGGAAGAACUGACAAAUGUUUGGAGCUGCUUAUUAAAACUGAUCGAUUGCCAGAGGCUGCUUUCCUGGCAAGAACAUACAUGCCCAGCCAAGUGUCAAGGGUGGUGAAGCUGUGGAAGGAGAACAUGUCAAAGGCGAACCAGAAGGCAGCAGAUGCGCUGGCUGACCCAGAUCAGUACAGCAACCUGUUCCCUGGCCUCCAGCAAGCUCUGCUGGCUGAGCAGUUCCUGAAGGAGACUCAUGUUGGGGUCAGACCCGCUGCAGAAUACCCAAUCGUCGUGUCAAACGAGGACCGUGAUGUUCUGGAGGACUCCAAAGGUUUCAUCACCAAAGGAAAGAUUACUGAGCCAGGGGUGUCAGACACUAACCAGGAGGCAGUAGGAUGCAUGAAUGAAAGCCCUGCUGCAUCUUCAGAAGUAAUAAUAAUGGAAGAACCCAUUCCAAUAAAACAUGAGCCUCCUGCUUACCCUGUUCUGGUGACAGAGGACAUAAUUAGUUUUCCAGAGGAAGCUCCUCUGUCUGUCUUUGCCAGUAAAGACCAUGCUGAACCACACCAAGCACAGUCUGAGUGUCGAGUUAAAGGGGAAAACAUGAAAUCAGAGACUUUACUUAUUGCCGAGGAACACUUGAUCCAGAAACCCUGCACUGAGGUUCCUGCCAAAGACUCAGAGGCCAUACAGUCCAGUCCAGUGGAAGUUGUAGGUUCAUCUGAUGAGGUGGCUGAUCAGGGCAGAGCUUCAGCAGCUGAGGCUCAGCCAGCUAUUGCGGUAUCUGAAGAGGAAGAAAGACAAACAGCAAAUGAUGUGCCAAUUAGCACGGACUUAAAAGCCAAUUCUGGAAUCGCAUCAGAAUCUGCAGCAUUCGAGGAAACAUCCAGCCCUGAUCAAGAAGAAACAGACACCAUUUCCAUGGUUGCUAUAGCUAAAGAAGAAACGCCAAUUGCAAAGCAACUGGUAGAGGAGCUCGUCUCUUCAGAACCAACAGAACUUUCCCUGCUGGAUGUUCCAUCAGCCACAGGCCAGGCUUUUUCAGAUCUGAUCCUCGAUUCAGCGCUAGACUCAGAUGAAGAUGCAUCAGCGGCGUUGAAGCCUGUCGCUGUGUGGGAGGAUGAGCAAGAGCAAGAGGAGAAAACUGCAGAACCUCCAGCAGAGACGGAGGAUGGGUCAGAAGUGGGCAGUCUUCCUGAGGCUGAACCAGAAGGAUCACACGGCACAGCAGAGGCAACCGUGGCAGAGCAGGAAGCAGGCUCUGAAAGAUCACAGGACCCAACUGAAGAUCUCGAGGAAAUAAUCAACCAUGAGGACCUUGAUAAUCUGGAUCUGGACAGUUUUGAACUGGAGGACAUUGACAAGUUAGACAUGAAUCUGCUGGAUGAAUAGUGGAAGCAACGUUAUUUUGGACAUUUUCUUGAGUCCAAAUAAUGAAAAGUAACAUUUUUAAAGCAAACCAAAGUUUUCUUUUACUUGAAAGGGGUUAAAAUAUGGGCCAAAUAAUUAUAUACUUUUAAGGCUAAGGGGAGAGCUGUAAAAUGCAAGGCUUCAUCUUAAUGUAGUUAGAAAUCUUACCUCUUCUUCUCAGACAUUACUGUUGAUUAUUGUUAUGAACAACUUAACAGGAAGGACAGUCUUAACUUAGUACAAAAUGUGUUCAGAAAUGUUAAAAAAAAAACGCAAUUCACUUCUGCAUUCUGCCUCAUAAUGUUAGGGUUUGAAAAC